AUAGCAGAAUGAUCUACAGUCCAGAAUAGAUGAAGAUCAACUGAUUACGGGACAUCACAACACAACACAGUUUUAGUUUUAUAAACUGAGAGAUUAAUGAAAGAAAAUUGAACCAAAAAUAAGCAGCUUUAGUUUGAAAUUCAGAUAUAUGAAUAUCAAAAUGAAGGAAAUCAAUACAUUUGUUUGUUUUUAAUUCGCCCUAGUUGAUAUAUAUCACAUCAGGUUUCUUAUAAAAGUUUAAUAAAUUCUCAAAUAAAAGUAUUCAGUUAGCAAUUGAAAGAUAUCUUUUUUUGGCAACUCACUGAACUUGUAUUUUGUUUCAUCAGCUGGUUCUGUACUAUUUCAUUAUUUCAAAUCUAUUGUCAUAAGUGACUCUUCUCGGUGUGACAAAACUGUACUGAUAUGUCACCACAGUGAACAAUAACUCCCUCCUCUCCGUCUGUCACUUGAACUUGCUAGUGGUGCCCACAGAGAUGAGAUGUCUGCUAGUCAUGGAGACCUGUAGAGGUGAGCCAUGUCCUCCUGUGUGGUAAAGUCCAGGGGCAGGAACCCAUACACCUCAGUGCGGGUGGACCCAGACAGUGAUUACAUCACACCAGGAACAUUAGACCUGGAGCAACUGUUCUGGACCGGCACCGGGGCUCAGUAUGCACAUGUCAACCAGGUCUGGCCAAGGGUCUACAUUGGGGAUGAGAAAACAGCUCUGGAGAGACCUGGACUGAAGGAUCUCGGUAUUACUCAUGUCCUUAAUGCAGCAGAGGGGAAGUGGAACAAUGUGCUGACUGGUGCUGAUUACUACAGAGACAUGGACAUCCAGUACUUGGGCGUAGAGGCUGAUGACAAACCCACCUUCAACAUCUCCCAGUACUUUUGCCCUGCAACCCAGUUCAUUCAUGAUUCCCUCAGCCAACCACAGAACAAGGUGCUGGUGCAUUGUGUGAUGGGUCGCAGCAGGUCAGCGACUCUGGUCCUGGCAUACCUCAUGAUGAAACACAGAUUGUCUGUGGUGGACGCUAUUGAGCACGUGCGACAGCGCCGCUGCAUCCUGCCUAAUCACGGCUUCCUGAAACAGCUCAGAGCCUUGGACAUCACACUACAGGAGGAGAGGCUGAGGCAAAAAAAACAGAUGCAAGACCAAUAGCACACAACAGAGCAAUCAUAUGCUCAUGUUCACUACAUUUUGUUUUUCCUAAAUUUAUCUCAGGUAUACAAAAAUGUUUUUAUGUUUCCUAAAACCUUUAAACUGUUUUGUUUCUCACAAGUAAAAGGACUAAUACCACAUUAUUGCAUUAUAAGUAAAAAUCCUGGACUGGAAAUGUGACUUAAAAGUAUGUAAGGAUAAUCAGGAAAAUGUACUUAAAAUAUCGAAAGUAAAAGUUAUUAAAGCUGAAAAAUGUC